AUGACGAUGGACCGGUGUCAAACAUGGCUACAUGCCCUACCUCAACAAAUACAUACUGGCCAGGUAAACUACCUCAACAAAUACAUACUGGCCAAGGUCAAAGAGGGUGCAUACGAUAAGGAGACGUUUGACGACCUGUGCUGGAUGAUGAACAUGAAGAAAAACUACAGACCUAGCAGCGGCCAGGGGGGGCUGCUGUGCUCCCUGAGAGACUGCUUCAAACUUUUCUGUCUCUUCAACCUGCUGUCGGAGGACCACUACCCACUCAUCAUGAUUCCACAGGAGGUGGAGUACCUGCUGAAGAAAAUCUCCACUGCGAUGAACCAGGAGUGGGACGGCAAGCCCCUAGAGGACCUGCUAUCCCAGGAUGCCUCUGUCCAGGAGGAGGGCAUGUCGGUGUGGGUGUUCCUGGAUCACAUGGGCGCCGGGAGGCUGCUGAGGGUCAGCAAUGUGGGUGCCUUCAGUCUGGCUCUGGACCAGGUCUUCUUGGAGAUGUACCACAACGUCCUCAAGAGGGGUUACAUGUGGAAAAAGGGACAUGUGCGCAGGAACUGGAUGGAGCGUUGGUUUGUACUCAGGCCAUCCUUCAUGGCCUACUACGCCAGCGAGGACCUGAAAGACAAGAAGGGAGAGAUUCCAUUGGACCAGWAUUGUGUUGUGGAGGCUAUUCCAGACAGGGAUGGGAAGCGUUGUCUCUUUUGUGUGAAGACCACCAGCAAGACCUAUGAGAUGAGUGCCGCCGACCAGAGACAGAGGGUGGAAUGGACCCAAGCCUUGCAGACUGCCGUCCGUCUCCAGGGUGAGCGCAAGUCCUCCCUCCACCAGGAACUAAAGCUGAAGAGGCGGGUCCAGCGCGAGCAGAGUCAACAGGAGCGUAGCCUGAGCGCCAGCAGCAACCGCGGCAGACAAUCAGAAGAGCUUACCAUUCAAGACCUGGAGAAGGAAAAGGAACGGCAAGGACAGGAGAUAGAGAGUAUUAUUCAGCACCAGCGAGAGGUGGAGGCACGGCGCAGGGAGGAGGAGGAGAAAGAGAGGGAGCAACAGAAGGAGGUCCAGAGAGAGUUGGAGAGACAGCUAGAAGAGGCAGAGAAGUUGCGGGAGAGCAUGCAGGCUGAGAUGGCAGAGAAGGAGAAGGAGGCCGAGCAGCAGAGGAAGAGGAUCCAGGAGCUGGAGCUGACCCAGCACAAACUGGAGGCUGCUCUCAACACAGAGAUACAGGCACACAUGGAGGAGGAGAGAGUCAGGCUGGAGCUAGAAGGAGUACUGCAGGCAGAGGAGGAGAAGAGCAGGCAGUGUCUGCUCCUCCAGGAGCAGCAGGAGGCAUCCCGCCACUUCAGCCCCAUGGAGGAGGCCCCAAACAGAGCUAAGGAAGAGCGGCCGGCCCCCUCUGCCCUCCACUACGCCUCCCAGGAGCUCCAGAGCCUCCGAGAGACCCGAGAAAGGAGUCACCAGCACCUGGAGGAAGUUCAGGAGAAGCUACGUAAAGCCAGCUUCCAUGUCCGACACUGGAACGUUCAGCUCAACCGCCUAAUGAAACCCAUUGCUCCUGGGGACAAGUUAUCAUCGUUGCCAGCGAAAAUCACCUGCUCGAAACAGGAGGGGGCGUUAGCCAGCAGUGAGUUUAUCGCUAAACUCCAACCAAGAGCCAAUCAAGAAACUCAGCAAAUACUUGAGAGCCAAUCGGCUACAGAAGAGAAAGGGCUAAAGGAACAGGUGGAAGCUAUCACCCUGUCAGAGCCUGGGGGAUCGUGAUGUGUCAUGGGUAAAUUGUGACUGACUCACUGACUGAUCUACAAAUAAUAUUGUAGUUAUUUAUGAUACAAGGAUCUUUGCAGAUCAGUCAUUCGGCAGUCGUCUGCACUGUCGUCUGCAAUGUCGAACAUUCCCAGUUGUUUUACAUGUCAACAGUCUGGCCGAGUUCCUGCCCGACUAGAUGUGCAGGUGUUGCAUUGCAUCAAUCAAUGGUUGUGUGCCACGUCAUCGACUGUGCAGUCGGGCAUCAGAUUUCUACAUCAAUUGAGGUGCUUAGCUGAUGUGUUAAAUACCAAUCCAGGCUUUGAAGAUCUGGAAUGUAGUCGGGGAGGAACUCGACCUCUACCAAUGGUAGUGCUGACUAGGAGAUGAGUAGGAUCUGUAAAAAAUAAAUUAAAGGGAAUUUGUCUUCCUAUUAGAAAGUGCUUUGAUCGAGGAGAUACUACCUGUGCAAUAAGAAUGCUAAUUUUAGUUUCUUCCUUCACAAAAAAUAUUCCGUUCCGUACGAACAUGUCCCAUGAUGAGGACUAUGAUUCUUGACAGGUGGACCCAGUAGCCUAUACACUACUUCAAGAACUGAGAAACACCUCAUCAACCAACUGACUGUUCAGAUUUCCAUCUUGCUCGGGGACAACAGUCAUU